AUAAAGGGAAAAACAACUUAGUGGUAGCUAGCAGAUCGUGAAGCGGCACAGAUUUUCUUUCACUUCCCACUUGCUCGGACGACGAACUUGUUGUGGUUAGUUUGGUGCCAAUUAGGCGCAAAGAAAAAAAAUAUGAAAACAAUUUUGUGGUUAAUUAGUUUGGUGGCGUUGGUUCUUGACCUUACGUAUGCGGAACCCGAACCGGUUGUGCCGGAAGCGCGGAAAACGCGACAUCCGUCCAGUUCUCCAACCGUCUAUAAUUCAAUAUCAGGACCUGACAGUGAAACCUUGAGUAAACUUCAGAAUCAAGUGGCACCGUCAGGGCAGAUUCCACUGAAACAGAUUGGACAACCUCUUAGAACAUCGGAAGCAUCACCUGCCUACGUUGGAACUUUAAACCAGCCCCUGAGCAGUCAUGUGCCGACUUCUACCCAUCAGAACAUUGCUGGUCAGUAUUACAUGGCAAUGACACCGCACGGUACGGGCAAUCAAUUGCUGGCUCCAGCGACCACUCCACUGAUCAUGCAAUACAUCAACCCACAGGGACAGCCCACUGGAGGACUUCAGUACAUUCAACUGCUACGACCAAUUCUCUACCCAUACAACACCCAAUACGCCCAACCAUCCUACGUUCAACAGCAGCAGCAACCGGCCGCUAUCAAUCAGCACCAGCACCAGCACCUGCACCACCCGCAUACCCUGUCCCAUUACUCCGCGCAUCCAUCGCCAACUUCGCCGCCCAAUUCGCAACCCACCACUCAAUCCAGCUUCGUUCCCUUCCAGCCCUCUUCACUGGCACAGUACGCAGCAGCAACAACCGCUAGUCAUCAUCUGCAAUCACCACUAGCCUACAAUCAACCCGUCGGUCAGUAUUCCAGCCCUAUGAUCUCCUACUACCCACCGAGAAUCUCGCUUAUCAACCCACCGGGAGAUAUGAAUCUCAACACCAACGAGUAUAUGCCUCCACCGGGGGAUCAUGUCUUCAUCAAAGGUGUCAAGUCGAUUAGAGCCUAGGUGAGCUAGGAUGAUAUGCUGUUAUCCCACAAAGAGCCUGGUUGUGAUCUCACCCCAGCACUAAACUACAUUUCGUUCCGAUUCCAAAAACAAAAUAGGAUACUAGAACUGCACAACAAACCAUUAAAUAUUCCAUCAAUGAUCAUCGAAUGAGUGUGGUGAAAACAAAAUACAAACUGAUCACAUUAUACUGCUUGUAUCUCAUGUUUCGUUCGGUAAUGAGAUUUCAUUAUUUAUGAUAUUUAAUAAUGUGCUGUUGAAUAAUAUUUAAGACCAAAUCAACCAACAGUUAAAAUUUGAGGCCUAAGAUUGAGCCUUAAAAUGAAGAAAUUAGAUCAAUGUAGAAAAAUGUACAAAGACAUCUUGUUUUAGUUAUCUAAAAAACAAAA